UGUAAGAUGGUGGUAAGAAUCUGCUACCUAAAUAAGCAGUAAAACUGAGUAGGAAAAACAUCUCAUCAAUUCUGAACAUCUGGGCUGUGGAAUAGUGCACAUUUCAAACUAUCAGAUAGGUACAUCUGAUCAGUUUAAAGGCAAAACCCCCUCCUAAACUAGAGAGAAUAUUCCUUGGAGUUGAAUCCCUGCAAUACAGGUCCAGCUAGUUGAACCUCUUGGCCAACCAGCCUGAGUCUCUCCUGAACCUGCUGUGUGAUAGCAUGUCCCGCAGUCCGGAGCUGAAAGAAGAUCCAAUGGAGUGCCCACUGUGCAUGGAACCUCUGGAGAUUGAUGAUGUCAACUUUUUCCCCUGCACCUGUGGCUACCAAAUCUGCCGUUUCUGCUGGCACCGCAUUCGUACAGACGAGAACGGCCUCUGCCCUGCCUGCAGAAAGCCUUACCCGGAGGAUCCGGCAGUAUACAAGCCACUGUCACAAGAGGAAAUCCAGAGGAUAAAAAACGAGAAAAAACAGAAGCAGAAUGAAAAGAAACAGAAGGUGACGGAGAACCGCAAGCACCUGGCCAGCGUUCGCGUGGUGCAGCGGAACCUUGUGUUUGUAGUGGGCCUGUCUCAAAGGCUCGCAGAUGCAGAGAUUCUAAAGCGUCCAGAAUAUUUUGGAAAGUUCGGCAAAAUCCAUAAAGUUGUCAUUAAUAACAGCACGUCAUAUGCAGGUUCGCAGGGUCCUAGUGCCAGUGCCUAUGUAACUUACAUUCGUUCAGAGGACGCCCUUAGAGCAAUACAGUGCGUAAACAAUGUCAUAGUGGAUGGUAGAACACUGAAGGCUUCUUUAGGUACAACAAAGUACUGCAGUUAUUUUCUCAAAAGCAUGCAGUGUCCUAAACCAGACUGCAUGUAUUUACACGAAUUGGGGGAUGAAGCAGCUAGUUUUACAAAAGAAGAGAUGCAGGCAGGGAAACAUCAAGAGUAUGAGCAAAAACUUCUCCAAGACCUUUAUAAAUUAAACCCCAACUUUUUACAGAUCUCAACAUGUGGAGAGAAGUCAAAAAGCAAACCGAACUCAACUCAGAGACCCAAUAGCACCAAUAAAGAAGGGUGGCCAUCAUUACAGGGCUAUGGAAAAAUGGUAAACGGUUUACCCACAGAGCAUCGCAAGUCCUCUCCUCUUUUAGACUGCCUAACAGACUCUGAUCACAUGACUACAGAUGAACAAGACCCUGAACAGGUCACAGAUCUGAGCACAGGCCUCCCACCCUUCCCCUCAGCCUUAGAGCCAAACAGUCCAACUGACAAACCAUCAGAACCCAUAAGUAUAGGAAAUGGGGAAUCUAUAUCACAGACAUCCAGUAGCGAUUCCCCAUCUCCUCCACCUGGCCUUACCAAACCCAGUCUCGUCAUGCCCAUCAGUGUGGCUGAGCUCACAGCACGCUCGCCUUUCGAGGGGGCAGCAGCAGAGUCUCAGUCACUUUUCUCAGACAACAGCAAUUUCAGGCAUCCCAACCCCAUCCCCAGUGGCCUGCCCCCUUUCUCCAGUUCACCACAGGGAGCCUCAGACUGGCCCAUGACUCCAGAACCACAGAGCCUUUUCACCUCAGACACCAUACCUGUGUCAUCCUCCACUGACUGGCAGGCGGCCUUCGGUUUUGGCUCUUCGGUCAAGCAGCAGCAGCAAGACGAUGACCUUGGCUUCGACCCCUUUGACGUCACACGCAAGGCCUUGGCCGACCUCAUAGAGAAAGAGCUGUCAGUCCAGGAGCACUCCCAUCUCUCACCCAACCCCUCUACCCAACAGACCAGCCUCCCCAAUGGCCAACAGCGCAUUUCUCACCUCCAGCACAGAGGCCUCUAUAACUCCUUCAGCCUGCCUCAACACACGGCCACACGGCACCCCUGGAUGGGCCUCCCCACCCACAAUAACCUCACACACUUGAACCACACAGCUGCACACAGCCAUUUCUUAGACCUGAGCAUGCCGGUCCGACAUCACAGUACUGGUCUUGGGGGGAUUCCUAUAUCAGAAAACAACGGCUCAUUGGAAAACAUAAAUGUGAAAGAGUGGCAGGAUGGACUGCGAGCACUCCUGCCAAAUAUCAACAUCAACUUUGGAGGCCUCCCAAACUCUACCUCCUCCUCUUCCUCAACUUCCAGUGUUAAUCACAUUGGGAUGCCAGUAGGCACAGCUAGAGUCUCACACAGCCUCAGCUGGGAAAGUACGGCCAGUUGGAUGGACCCCGCCAUUAUCACAGGUAUUCCAGCAUCCACAGGCAACAGUUUGGACUGUCUACAGGAUGACAAUCCACCACAUUGGCUCAAGUCGUUGCAGGCCCUCACAGAGAUGGAUGGCCCUGCCAGCUCCAGCACACUGCCCCAACCCCCUCACACCGGCCUCCUGGAUGCAGCGGCCCACCUCUCCCUACAUAGAGCCGCCUGGGCACCUUACCUUCCCCCUCCCACACUCAACCCCAAUCAGUUCCAUUCCCCACCUCCAGGCUUUCAGACAGCUUUCAGACCCCCAGCGCAGACCGCCACAGACAUCCUACAAAGUGCCGGUAUUGACCGUCACUAAAGACAUCCCCACCUAAACUUAACUGCAUCAAAACAUGAAACUGCAAAUAUACCCCUUCCAUUAAUAACGUAACACAAGCUCUUGUCUUUUUACCCUUUACCUCUCCAUCCCUUACCUAUCAGGAUUUGUUUAUCUCUUGCCAGUUUAUUUUGAAGGCACACAUAAAUCUCUGUAUGACUUGCACCACCAGUGCAGGGUAAUGAUGAUGUUGAAGGUUCCUGGGAGACAUUGAGGGUCCUAACAAACAUGUACACACGUUCACACAUGAUUCUGGGGGGGAAGGUGUCUGACACUGAAAUGUCAGAGAAAAAUCUGUAAUAAUUUACUCUUCCCUCAUGUUAUUCCAAACCUGUGGACUGACAGCCUUGUCAAUCCCUUUAUUGUAUCAAAAAAGAUGCAAAGUGAAAGGUGACUCCAGCUUUCAGUCCUUAAUAUUCUGCCUUGUGUGUUCGUACAGGUUUGAAACAACUUGAAGGUGAGUAAAUUAUGACUGUAUUUUAAUUUUAGGGUGAACUAUCCCUUCAAGAAAUCAGAGACAUGUGAAAUGGCAUGAGCACAGCACAUGUGACUAAUAAUGGCUAAAAAGAAUGUGAUUAACCGAAUAACAUGUCUGGUUGGCGUCACUCCAUCCAAGGUACCGAUUGUAAUUUAAUACUGUGAAUAUCUACACUUCUCAUAUGGUAGGUCUUGCCACCAUUCAGAGGAGGGGGGGGGGGGUUAGUUACAGACACACUCUACAUAUUGAACUAUUUCUAUCCUGCUUGAUGUUAUAUGGAACAGAGCCACAGGACCCUGGUCCUCCUUGGGACAGAAUACUACCCUACCUUUGUAUCUUAGGGUGGAGCACUGUCCAGAUGGACUUAGGGUCUUGUCUAAAAGCCAACUUGUUAAAAAUCAAGCAUCUUUUUGGAAGGAUUGGUGUGUGAGACCUGGCAUGCCUCUACAGGUUUUCAAUAGUAACUUCGUUCCCAUGAAGAGAGGAGAACAAGACCGUUCAUAUGGUCUUUAUUGGCUCGCCUGUAGAAUAAGCUAUUCACUUAAAGUAUGGAUCAAAUAUUGAGUCAGGAACCUUUGGAAGGAUGGUGAUGGUAACACAAAAGGAGACAUGUUAAGCCAGUGAGAGUGUUGAAGGAGUAAUGACAGGCACACACUAACAUCUAGCCAUUCCAGGGCCUUCAAGUGAUUUCUGAUCCUUUUUCUCAUCCGUGUGGCCAUACUAAACAGUAUUUAUCAAAUGCAAUCACUAAUUUUUUCAGCAAAAAAUCAAUGUUGUCCAACAUUUGGGUUUAACAUGCUGCUGAGAUAAUUUAAUAUGAAAACAAAGAGCUAAAAGAGAAGAAUUGGCCCCUUUUCUGCUGGUCUGGAACAAUGAAAUCUUAAAUAAAAUGGAGUAU